AGAUCUGACCUUCUCUGCCGUAUCAAAUACCGAAAUACACUCCCUGAUAUUCCAUUUGAUCCCAAAUUUCUACGCUAUCCGUUUGAAAAUAAUCGCUUUACAGAUUAUAAUACUACCUCACUUGAAAGAGAACACAAGCAUGAGUUGUUGACUGACACAGAUGCCGGCGUUAAGAAUGGUUUAAUUGAUCCUGACGCUUACAUAAUCGAUGAAGACGCGGAGUUAGACGAUGCCGACAAAGCCUUGUUAGGGAUAGAAGGAUCAGCUUCCAUGGAUCGCAAGGGGACUAGGCAUUCGAGGACAGUAUCGUGGAUGCGUCGAAAUGAGUACUUAUCCAACGAAGGAGUACGAAUGGCACAGAAUCCCGAUAAACCAGAAACAAAAGUCGGUUAUAGCGUCAGAAAAUAUGCUAAGAAUUUGGAAAAGUAUAAGGAUAAAGAAAGUCAAAUCAAAGCUAUUGAGAAAACUUUUGAAGCCACCAAAAAGCCUAUUAUAGAUCAUCCUACUAAACCUGGCGUUACUGCGAAGCGAUCCUACCCUCUAUUUCCCGACUUCGAGAUGUGGAAGUACUCGCUUGCGCUUGUCACCUUUGAUUCUGACCCCUCUAAAUUAACUGAUGGAUCAAAAUUAACUGAACAGCAAAUGUCUAAUUCUGUCAUUAAAGGUAUGCAAGUAGAUACUGGUAAUCAAUUUGUAGGAUAUUAUACACCCAUAGCCACUGAUGCAAAAAAAAGGAAAGUAUCUGAAAACCAAGAUAGUGAGACAUCUAGAAACUGUAGGGACUACAAUCUUGCGAGAGAGUAUAACUGGGUGGUAAAAUCGCGCGAUAGCGGCCGCGAUGUAAGUAAUGUAAUAAUGUUUGAAUAUUCUUUCUGUCAUUUUAAUAAAUUGUUUGAAAGGGUAAAAUUGAGCAAACAGAGAGCAAAUGUUAAAGGUGAUAAUGUGAAUAACCGGCUUACUGUUGAAUAUCGUGAUUUUAACGAGGAAGAAUUGGCGAACCAGGUCGGUAAAAAUUGGUGUGUAAGUGUUAUAUGUUGGUUGUGA